AUGUCCAAACUUGGCAAGAAUUCAUUUAAAACCUUUUUCCGAGAAUGUGCAAAGAUCAAACUGAGCAGUCUUUCGUAUAAUCAGUUUAACCCUUUUUCAAGGCAACUGGACCCCUGGAACGUGUCUCGACUGGUUAAAGACUUUCAGGAUUACGGUUGCUUCCCUCUGGACCCAGAAAAUCGUGUCUCUGCUCUCAUCUCGGAAAAUAUCUUUAAAGAAGCGCUUCGAUUAUCCAAUUUGGCCACACUAUGUGAACUCCAAGAACUGCCAUGGCUCAAGCUUCCAGAGGGUGCCAAGGUGGAGUUGCUCACGGGACAUCACAGAAUCGUGGCGGCUUCCAAGAUCGUUGAGGCCGAAGAAGACCCGGCUGGUGACUCGAGUGAGAAAUGGUGGGUGGUCAAUCUAUACAGCGAAGGUAUGGCUACAGUGCCAUCUUGGGGUACGUCUAACCAAUAA